AAAUGAAAAAGAGAUUAAAUGUUUGAAAAACGAUUUAAAACAAAUACGCGACGAAAGUGAUGUGGUCGAAAAGCGGUUAAAAAAGAUUAAUGAUGAUCGAAAGAAAGAAAUUAAACUAAAAGAUGAUAGGAUCGCAGAUUUAGAACAAGAAAAUUUAGAACUUAUGAAACAAAAAAAGUAUUGCAAUAGAAAUAGUUCCUCAAUUAUACCUUCCUCUUUUUCCUCAAAAAUAGAUGUUAGUACUUUAGUUGAUCAACAUGUAGUUUCAGUCUAUCCAAAUAACGAAAGUCAGAACUCAAGUUCAAUCUAG